AUGUCGAGGGUCGACGAUAAACGAGAACGACUUCAACAACCACCGAGAGUUUUUCUGAUGCCACUGCCCAUGGUUGUUGGUUUUCCGCCUUCUUAUUAUGCUGCUCAGCCAAGGUUUGUGGAGCGACUGCCACUUCUAGAGCCUAGUCCCAAUAGUUCAGUUGUGAUAAGGCAAGUGUGGGCUGCCAAUGCUGAUUCCGAGUUCCAAAUCAUAGGCAGCCUGAUUGACAAAUAUCGAUUUGUCUCCAUUGACACUGAAUUCCCCGGCGUAGUCAUCCUGCCCCUCAACAAGAACUACCGGAGUCUUGUUCCAGAGGAAACUUACCAAGUCAUGAAGGCCAACGUUGACGUCCUUAAAAUCAUCCAGCUUGGACUCACUCUCUCCGAUGAACACGGCAACCUCCCUGACCUGGGAACCAACAACAGAACUCACUACAUUUGGCAGUUCAAUUUCCGAGACUUCAACCUCAUGCGUGACAUCUACGCAAAGGACUCUGUGGCACUCCUACGCAGCCAGGGCAUCGACUUUGCACGCAAUGCAGUGGCUGGAGUUUCUUCGGUGCAUUUUGCGAAGUUGGCAGCAGCAUCUGGGCUGCUGUUCAACAAAGCACUGACAUGGGUCACAUUCCAUGGUGCUUAUGAUAUUGGAUAUUUGGUGAAGAUUCUGACUUGGGGUGUUCUUCCGAAAAGCUUGGAGGAGUUCUUGGUGCUUGUAAAAGAGCUGUUUGGGGGAAAUGCUUAUGAUGUGAAGCAUGUGAUUAGGUUCUGCAAUGGCCUCUAUGGCGGUUUAGAGAAGGUGGCUGACACACUUCACGUAGACCGAGUUGCUGGGAAGUGCCAUCAGGCCGGGUCUGAUAGCUUGCUCACCUGCCACACCUUUCACAAGAUUAGAGAAACUUAUUUUUUGGCUAAUGAUGAUGGGUUUAGGAAAUACGUUAAUGUAUUUUUUGGGUUGGAAAUUGCAAAAGCUUAA